AGGAUGUCUAACCUGGGACAAUUUGACCCUGAUUUUUACCAAUCUAAUUAUACUACUGAUAACCAGGAACAGAGUUAUGAUAAUUCUAAUUCCUAUGAAGAUACUUAUGGAUCCAAAAUGCAAUAUGUCAGUGAGCAGCCUCUUUCUGCCUCAUUUGUCCCCUCGGAGAUGCUCGUGUCAUCUGGUUACACAGGACAAUUUUUCCAGCCAGGAACCAACCCAGAUUAUUAUUCACAAUCUUCUUACAUUGACAGUUUUGAUGAAGAACCUCCUUUGCUAGAAGAACUUGGAAUUAAUUUUGAUCACAUUUGGCAAAAAACCUUGACAGUGUUAAACCCAUUGAAGCCAGCAGAUGGCAGCAUUAUGAAUGAAACGGACCUGACUGGACCCAUACUGUUCUGCAUCGCUUUAGGAGCCAUGCUGCUUCUGGCAGGAAAAGUCCAGUUUGGCUAUGUGUAUGGCAUGAGCGCCAUUGGCUGCUUAGGGAUUCAUGCCUUGCUGAACUUGAUGAGCUCUUCAGGGGUGUCCUACGGCUGUGUGGCAAGUGUACUGGGUUACUGUCUGCUCCCCAUGGUCAUCCUGUCCAGCUGUGCCAUCUUCUUUUCAUUGCAGGGUACCUUUGGAACUGUGUUCGCCCUGGUCAUUAUUGGCUGGUGUAGUCUAUCAGCUUCCAAAAUCUUCAUUUCAGCGUUGGACAUGGAGGGACAACAGCUUCUCAUUGCCUACCCCUGUGCCUUACUUUACGGACUUUUUGCUCUCCUAACAGUUUUCUGA